GAAUUAUUUCAGUUCAAAUGUAACUAAAGGCUGAGGUUAACUUUUUGAUCAUAGAUAAAUUAAAAUGAAAAACAAUUCUGUCAAAUUUAAGCAAAAUGUACCAAAGUCUUCAACAACUUCUGUCAUUUCAGAAUUCUCUUGUGAUGAAUCUCCAAUACCAAAUGGAUUUCAAUUUUAAAGUUUUACUCAUGCUUAAACAAUUUCAGCAAAACUAAACAAAAAUUCAGUCUAUAAUCAACAGAAUAUAAUGUUUAACACACCAAGGAGUUUAGCAGUUCCUUUUAAAGAAAUAGUAAAGCGAUUUAAAUAAUCUAUUAUUAGGAGAAAGAUGAAGUGCUUUCUAAAACACCAAUUAAUAAGUAAUUAAUAAAUGGAACAAAGUAAUUCAAUAGUGGAAAUGUGGAACCAAUAACUUUUUCAGAAGCAUUGAUAAAAUAAUCAAAAUAUACUGAAGAGAGUCUAAAGAAAAUAUAAAAAUUAGAGAAGUUCUUAGAGAAAACAAAAUCUAAAUAUUAGAAGCCUCUAAAUAUUUUAUCUAGUGAUGAAUCACCUUCAAAACCAAUGGCUCCUAGUUUUAUCUCAGGAUUAGGAUCAAGACAUGAAGAAUUAGGAAAGAAAUUAGAUUAGAAGAUCAACAAAAAAUUCCAAUUAUUGAUGAGCGAUCUAAGAAUAGUUCGAAAAGUAUAUUAAUAAUAAGAUAAUAGAACAUCCAAUAUUUUUCAGCAUUUGAUGGAGCUUUUGCUUAAAGUAGAAAAACAUAAAAUAAUUUUAUUUCUUUAAAAUAAUAGAAUGGAAUAAUAGUAAAUAAUGGAAAUCAUUUAACAAGAAUAGAAUUAAUAAAUGAUACAUUUAAAAGCGAGAAAAUAUGCGAUGUUCAUGAAAAUGAUUCAAAGUAUAUAUCAUUUUGUAUAUGUGAUUAAAAUAUUUCUGAUGAUAUGUUAAUUACUGGUUCUGAUUAAGGAAACAUUAUGGGAUGGAAUUUCUUUAAGAAUUAAGCUUAUCAUUAUUAUGGAUUAAAUAAUUAAAACAAUUGUAAUUUGUAGGAACAUUCUCAACCAACAUUCAUAACAUAAUCUUUAAAGAAUAUUUAUGUAGGAACAAAAAAUAAUGUAAAUAAUUUAUUUAUUAAUUUAAGGAAUUAUUGAUUCUCGAUGAAAGAAUGAACGAAAGAAAAUGUUUAUCUUUAACUAUACAGAAUUAAUAAAAUAAUUUAAUUCGAGCAAAUUCAAUACUAUCCCCACUUUUACCAAGAUUUGGAUCAACAAUAAUUGAAAGUCCUUAAAUAAAUCCUAUAGAUCCAAAUUUAUUAAAUGAAACAAAUUUUAGAUUAGAUGAAGAGGAAGAUUCAAUAAAAGAUGAUUUGAUAGAACAUUUACCCACAUUUUAAUAAUUAUAAGAUUCAAACAAAUAAGAAACAUAGUAAAUAUAAUAUAUUGAUGUUCAUGAUUAUAAUCUUAUAGUGACUAUGACAGAUGGAUUUAUUCAUUUAGAUAUUAGAAAUCCAACAAUUGCACAAUUUAGUUUUUAAUAAAAUGGAUAAUAAGCUUUGAAAGCUAUGUUUAGUCCUGGUAACUCAAACAAUGUUAUUUAUACUAAAUUGAAUUCUAAUAGAUGCUUACUUUGGAAUGUUUAAAAAAAUGAAGUUCUGUUUCAUAAAGAAUUAUAAGAUAAUCCUAUUGAUAUGAUUGUUGCUUAAGAAACAAAAGAGAUUGUCUUUUUACAUCAAGAUCAUAAUGAUUCCAUAAUUAAAAUUUAUAAUAAUUCCUCUUCAAAAAUGAAAUAUUGUGAUGAAUUACUGAUACCAAAUUUCAAUGUAUAAAAGAUUCUAUUGGAUUAUUAAUGUGAAAGUUUGUAUGGGAUUGGAUCUUACUCUUUUAGAACUUGGAAUUAUUUUCAAUAAAAAGAAAUUGAUUUAAUUCGAGAAGAGAUGUAACAUUAAUUAGAAUCACUUAUAUGAGUAAUGACU